AUGAGUCAACAGGCAUUGUUGAUCAAGCCCAAGAUGAAGCCUCCUUCAGGAAGCGAGUUGAUGGGCGGGAUAUGGGAUGAGGCGGCUCAGGAAUUCAACAAAAUUUGCGGCAAAACCCUCGAGAAGGGCAAGUUGAAGUCAUGGGAUGACGUUCGCAAAGCAAUCGAGAACAUUGAGAAGGUAUCAUACGUCGACAAUUCAAAGAAUAAUAUGUGGGACCGUGCAAAAGACGCAGGCAUUCAAGUGCUGGAAGGCCUCAGCUUCCUCACGUCACUAACAUCGGAUGCUGCUUCAUUGCUCCCUAUUCCGGAAGCGGCAACUAAUCUUGCGAUUUCUGCUCUCGGCUGGGUGUUCAGCGUUCCAGCAAAAGUGCGGGGCUACGAUCAAGCCGUUGGCCAGGUCUUCGGCGAAAUGUCUUCAGUACUGUCGCGAUGUCGCAUUUACAAAUCCAUGAUGAGAGUCGACGAAGAACUCGCCAAUAACAUUCGGGCAGUUAUUGUCAGCGUCAUCAAAUUGUGCGCUCAUGUGGUCAAGCACCGUCAAGGUGGCCUGAAGUUCAGCAUGCCUGGACGAAUACAGGCCAUUUUCGCCCAGGAUACAAAUCUGGACACGGAGAUGAAAAAGCUUCAGGGUCUGUUGCAGCAACAGGAUAGUUUGGAAGGAACUAUCACGCUCGGAGAAGUCCUCAGAAUUGGCGAAGUAGCCGAAGAGACCAACGAAAAUGUCAAGAUGCUCGCCAAACAGCACGACCUUGACAGAACCCUCGACGAGAUUCGCAGCGCUCUUGACAUUGACUCAAGAGUACGCUUUGACAACAGAACCACUCAGACCCGGGUGCGCCUCUCGACGCAAUGUUACGAAGGGACAGGGUCAUGGAUAUGGGACAAUGAACAAUAUCUCACGUGGACGUCGAUCGGCUCGAGGGAAGAGAAGCGUUCUCAAAUGCUUUUGCUGUCAGGCCCUCCCUGUUCAGGCAAGACCCUGGUUAGCGCCGCUAUUACCAAACGUCUUGAAGAGCAAAAAGGGGUCAUAGUUGUUGCGCAUUAUUUUUUUUCCUGCAAUGAGUUACUUGAGGGCAGACCAGAUGCCGAGCGCUAUCGCCAUACUGCGAGGAAUGCUUUGAAGUCCAUGGCCUUCCAAUUUGCGAAAGUCGAUUCGACACUCAGGAGAAGUCUUUCCAGGACCUUGAGGAACAACAGAGGUGUUUUCAACGAGUCCAAAAAUUUGAAAGAGCUGUGGCAACAACUCAGCAUCGGAAAGCCCGUGCCAGCAACAAAGUCUGCGUCAGAGGCCCAGUCCAGGUCAGCAACCACGUACUACUUAGUCUUUGAUGGACUCGAUUAUCUCCCCAAGGAGGAGGGCGGAGAAUUGAUGAACUUGCUCAGCUCUUUGAUGACAAGUGAAGAAGCAGCCUCUGUCAGAAUUCUCGUGACUGGGAACGACGCUAUGUUCAAAAAGCUUGCAAAAUCACGCUGGCCACUGCGAAUCAACAUACACGAUCAAAAUGAGCAAGACAUGCGCAUUUAUAUCAAAGUGAAGCUGGAUGAAGCAGGGGCGCUGCAACAUAGGUCGUCUAACCAAGAACAAGAGACGGCCCUCGGUAUGAUUCUCGAGAAGCUACCGGGAAAAUCUUCGGGUAGCUUCUCAACAUUGCAGUAUGAGCUUGACGAGACUAUUCGUCAGCUAGAUUCGGGCAUGACCCUGGAGCAGCUUGCGCAAAGCUUGGACGAGCCAGCAAAGAGUCAUCACUUGGUGUUACAAAAGUUACAGGAGUCGUUGACGGAAAGAGAGGUUAUCGAGCUCAAUGGGCUUUUGCGAUGGGUACUUUUCAGUCCGGAACCAUUGAGCUUGGACGAGCUGGAGGCUGCUAUGUCUCUUUCAUCUGAGACCAGGUCCAUCAUAACACUGGAAGAGAUCAUCCAGAGCAAGUAUCUGGCAGUCUUCGACAUGAGAGGCAGGCGUCCACAGGUUCUGGGUGCCAUCGCCGGACACCUCAACCGGAAGAACCUACAGCAAUCGAAGGUAACCUCUUCGAUCAGCAUGACUAUCACUAUCAAUAAUGCUGACCCGAAGAUCUGCGGCCACUUCUUUUGGGACUUGGCAUCCAAAACUGUCCGAGACAACUUCAAGGACGACUUCAUGGAAGCACUAAUGGCAGCACGCAGUGGCGUUCCGGCCAUUGGAGUGGAAGAAGUCGAAGCGCAUCGCAAAAUUAUCACGAUGACAUUUGCUUAUCUGAGCGCAGAAGAGAAGACUGAGACGAAAGAGCUCGGAAAACACCUCUUGAGGUACUUGCCAUAUCGACUAAGCCGUCUCGACAAGUUAGAAGAUGAAGACAUGGGGUCCCUACCGUCGAACGACAAAUUGGAAAUUGGUCUUGGGUUGUACCAAAUGUUCACAGACUGCGCCAUAGUCAACCGGCACCAAGCGAGUUUCGAGAGGGCAUCCUGGAGCGAAGACGAUGUGCAUGUGGUGAAGCAAUGGCUGAGUGACCGCUCCGUCAUCAAGAAGAUAGCAGAUUCGAAGUGGAAGGAGAUCUGUCAACAGUCAAAUCCAACUGAUGGAUUUCUGGGGCAAUGGGCGAAGCAGAUUACGCAUCACUUCAUAAGAAGCAGGGAAUGGAAAGCUGAGAGUGCAUAUGCCUGGGUCCAGAACUUGAUGAGCGUGGGACAGAGCAGUGGCAACAAGGGAAGUCGUUACUUUGACAGUGCCCAUUGGGAGCGUGUCAGUGCUUGGUGCCAGCAUCGCUUGGGCCUAGAAGAUGCAGAUAUUAAUUCGCUUUGGUAUGAGCGCCUGGGCCAGGCAGCCGAGCAUCAUAUCCCCCUGGCAACUGCGAAGUCCACUACUAGUAGAUACUACACGAUGAUACGGUAUAGGCAGUGGCAAAGGGGCCAGCGUAUCGCCGAUAUCGCGGAGUUAUUCUACACUCGCGCCCUUAUGGGCCCCUUCCGGAUGGGCGAGAAGCCCAGCUGGCUGUGCCACCGAGGUCUAAGCCGAAUGCACGCCCGUCCUGGUUUGUGGGAUGACACGAGCAUGGUCGAGGCAAACAAGGCUUUGGAGCAUGCGGAACGGGCUCUACAUGAAGCAGAUUGUGAAGAGGCCUCGCCAAAGGCAACCGGAGCAGAAAUUCAGGAUCUCCACUUCUUAGCUGGAGAUUGCGCCACGGCUGCCGGCGAUUUAUUGCGGGCAGCAGAUUAUUAUGAGCGAGCGUCUCGGGACGAUGGCACGAAUCAAGCGACUCAUGGAAAAUUGAAAUGCUUGAAGACGCGACUGAGACUCGCUCGCUCAAAGCAGACGAAGACCAACACAGACAAGGCGAGGGAGAUGUUGCUUGCUACAAUGGCUGGAGCACAGCAAGCUAGAAGUCCGACUGUGGUCGCCAUCUGGAAGCGUAUUGCGCUUGAAGAUGAUCGCGUUGACCUUAUCGGCCAAAUCUUCACUUUUGGGCGAGGUGAUCGACGCUUGUUUGAAGGAUUUGCAGACACCAUGCAAGUCGCAAUAGACGAGUACAGACUGGCACAGAGCCGGACACACAGUUCCUCAGUUGUUGUUCAAGACGAGCUGGGCAGCUUUGCUGAGAAUGAGGCCUUAGGAAUCCUUCUUUAUUAUAGAGGAAUUGCUUUCUACAAAUACCAAGUGCCAGAAGAUAGCGGAGAGGAUUAUCGUAUCGAUCAGGCUCUAGAGUCCUGGAGAGGUUGUCGUAAGACACUUGUCAACAUUGGGGGUCGCAACGCACUGAAGGCGCGGGCGGAUGCCUCUGCGGAAUUGGCGAAGCACUACUUCCAACAGGUUCUCGAGCGCUACAGAACAUUGAGCGCUGACUCCGGAAGGAGUAAAAUCUUGCAAAAAAUGUUCCUCCAAAACACCAACAGUCCGCUAUACAAGUUGCUUGAGUUGGACGAGUCUUCAUCUCAUUCGUCAUACAGCGAUCCAGCUGCUCUGCUUGCAGCGGCGUACCAUUUGAUGGAAGAUUUUGAGCACUCUAAAUGCAUGCUCAGGAGAUGGCUCAAGCCUGCUCUGGACAUACUCGACGAUAACAUACCUGAAAAUGACGUGGAGGGAAUCGCGAUGAUCGGAAGGAUCAUGGCAAAUCAUGGUCAUCUGGAAGACCAAGCGAUUGCCAUGUCUCUUUUAGGUCAGCCGGACCUGGUUUCGAACGCCCUAUCGUUUGAGAUCGAGGACAUCAUUGGCGGCGAUGUCAAUGACAAGACUCGAAUGCUAGACGAUGUGACCAGACUGGCAGCAAAAAUCGUCCGGCUCGUCAAGUCCCAAAUACCUGAUGUGUCACAGCAGAGAAGACGAAUCAAAGCCGCGGUGAAUCAUGUAGAGUCGCUGAUGACUGAGGCAGCGGGCCAAGACUAUUUGACCGCAACGGGCGGCGCCAUGUGUGAUGUUGGCAACGGUGACCCUCGGGAGUCAGUUGUACUUGACUCGCAUGUCUCUACGGCGCGUAGACUCGUCCAUGACCGCCUGGCUGAUUUAGAGCAGAAACACACCCCGGAGCUCGACCCUCGCGCAUUUCAAUCGGGUUGGACUUGGACUUGCGACGGCUGUUCUGCUGAUGGGCAGCAUUGCCGUAACGUCUUGAGUUUUGACCGGGAACUCUACCGCUGCAUAUACUGCCAGUCAAAGGACUUUUGUGCGGAGUGUCUUGAGCGUCUGCGGCACGAUGAUAACACCUCAGCGAUCAUCAGAGCCUGCAGCCCAGGCCACAGCUGGAUGAAAUUUGAACCAUGGGGUACAGAUCUGUACCGAGGCCUUGGAGCAAAGACUCUGCAAGUUCCGAGUCUGAGGCUUUUGGACAAAACUUCAAUGAUCUGGGAAAUUUGCUACACCAACAGCCAAGAAAUCACGUUGGAGGACUGGAAAAAAAGUCUUGCUGCCAAGUGUGCUUAA